GGCGCGUGUCUCAUGGCUCUGCUGGAAGACGAAGGAAAGCAAGAUGGCGGCGCCCGUGAGAAGCGUGCAUUGCGCAAUGAAAAAAUGUACUGUACCACCGUUAGUCGUGAUUUUAGGAGCCACCGGUACUGGGAAAUCUAAACUGGCAAUUGAAAUCGGUAAACGACUUCAGGGAGAGAUAAUUAGUGCUGAUUCCAUGCAGGUGUAUCGGGGCCUGGACAUCAUAACCAAUAAGGUGACGGCUGAGGAGUGUGCCCAGUGCAGACAUCACAUGAUCAGUUUUGUGGACCCGCUUGUCAGCAGCUAUACCGUGGUGGACUUCAGGAACAAGGCUUUGGCUCUCAUAGAUGAGAUACACAGCAGAGAGAAGCUGCCCAUCAUUGUGGGAGGGACUAACUACUACAUAGAGUCACUGCUCUGGAGAGUGCUGCUGGACAAAGGGCAAGACAAUGAAGGAGAGGUGAAAAAAGUUGGAUCUCCAGACGUGAAGGCAGAGCUUGAGAAACUGGGCGGGUCCGAGCUCUCCAGGCGGCUUAAAGAGGUGGACCCUGUAAUGGCUUCCAUGUUACACCCUCAUGACGUGCGCAAAAUCGCCAGGAGCCUCCAGGUGCAUGCAGAGACAGGCAUACCUCACAGCCGUCUGUUGGAGGAGCAGAGAGGCCAGGAGGGGGGCAGUGGGCUGGGGGGGCCACUUAGGUACCCGGAUCCAUGCAUCUUCUGGCUCCACGCCGACAUGAACGCCCUAGAUGAGCGGUUGGACAGCCGCGUGGCUCAGAUGCUGUCCACAGGAUUGAUAAACGAGCUCAGAGAGUUCCAUCGGAGAUUCAACCAGCGCAAAAUUGAGGACAAGAACCAGGACUACCAACACGGUAUAUUCCAGUCGAUAGGUUUCAAGGAGUUCCAUGAGUACCUCACCUGCCCGGACCAGACCACUCUGGAGGAGAAAGAAACCCUCCUGAAGAAAGGUGUGGAGAAUCUGAAAAUUGCUACAAGGCAGUACGCCAGGAAGCAGAAUAAAUGGGUCCGCAAUCGUUUCCUAAAGAGACCAGGUGAAGGUGUUCCUCCGGUAUAUGGUUUGGAUGUGACCGAUGUGUCAAAGUGGGAGGAGACUGUUCUAAGCCCCGCCCUGGAGAUACUGGAGCGCCUCACCAAGGGGGAACAGCCUGGCAUUGAGCCAAUGAGAGUGGAGGGGGAGGGGCAGCGUAACAAGCGGAGUUGCCACACCUGUGAGCUGUGUGACAAGGUGAUCAUCGGAGACCUGGAGUGGACAGCCCAUCUCAAGUCUAAAAAACACCGCUAUCACGUGAAGAAGAGGAAGUUUGAACCAGGACCAGCCAGCAACCAGCAUCAGGAGCCAGCUCCCGGACCCACUGUAGAGGACCUUAGCCUGGGAACCCCCACUACUCUAGCCCCAGGCUUAGCUUUGGCCUGUGGAAAACCAAAGUCUCCAGACACCGGCUCAACAGAGACACCCUGAUUGGCCCGUAGGAGAAGAGGCUGUGUGUCAUUCCUGGACAUGGAUGAAAACAUCACGUUGCCCUCCUUUAGAAAUGAAGCUAUUUUCUACUUUUAUCAGUUAAGUUACAUACAAAGGAAAAUCUGGUAACUGUUUGUUUGUUGGGCAAUCAGUCGUUACUGUUAUUACUUGACAACACGUGGCUCCAGCUGAAAACUUAAGCAACAUUUCAAGGACAAGAAAAUGAAGUCCAGUUUCAACAACAAGGUUACUGACUUUUGGUACCUUUUAAUCUUCAUCCUGGUCAGUUGUUCAUGUUGUAACACAUUCAACUGUCAUCUGUGUGCUUCUAUGGAGACACGCAGAGCUGUGUUUCUACAACCUUAUUUGUAAUUAUUGUAAUUAAAGAGACAUUAGUAAAGCCUGAAUUGUCUUUCAGUUACAACACAGACAUGAUCUAACAGUUGUUGUGAGUGAUUUAAACCUCCAGUGAUAUACCAGGUCACACUAACAUGUUGAAACUACAGUUUUUUUGUUCACCUAGCUUUCUCUCUAACCCUCAACACUCUCUCUCCAUUUUUCUCUAAUUUCUCCAUCUAUUGCCUUGUUUCCACUCAUGCCAAACACUGGGGUUUUACCCUAAAGUCCAAAAACCAAGGUGUGUCCUGCAGUAAACCUUCUUACACAAGGCCUUGAGGUUUGCCAGGAACAUUGUGUU